GGGCGAUAUAAAGUUGGCUUGCGCUCUGACUCUGACUGACCACUGCAAGACUGGCUUGAAGCAACACCACCACCACCCUCACCACCACCACCAUCUACAGGUACACCAACCAAUUCAGCUUCACCACCACCGCAACCACCCACACUCCAUCCAGAUACCCACUCAAUGGACUCAGCAAUCGACCUCACCGACGCCUCGUCGGCGCUCGACCUCUCCAACAUCCGCUACCAACUAAUCCGCCUUGAGGACACGAUAAUCUUCCACCUGAUCGAGCGGGUGCAAUUCGCGUACUCGCCCUCAAUCUACACACCGCACGGGGUGACGAUCCCCGACUUCACCGGCUCGUUCCUCGACUGGAUGCUCUUGCAGCAGGAGCGAGUGCACGCGCAAGUGCGUCGGUACGAAGCCCCCGACGAGUACCCAUUCUUCCCGGGGCAGCUUCCACGGCCGUUCCUAGCACCACUAUCGUACCCGCGGCUGCUGCACCCGAACACCGUCAACAUCAACGAGAAGAUCAAGGCGGCGUACAUCGCGCACAUCCUGCCGGCGACGUGUCGGCCACACACCGACCGCGGCGUCGGCAACGAGAACUACGGCUCCGCCGCGGUCAUGGACGUCGCUUGUCUCCAGGCAUUGUCUCGUAGAAUACACUUUGGGAAGUUUGUGGCGGAAGCGAAGUUUAGAGAGCGCCCCGAGGAGUUUACUCGCUGGAUCAGGGAGGGCAAUGUCAAGGCCCUCGAGGAUGCCAUCACGAAGCCUGCCGUCGAGCUACAGGUGCUUAAGAGGCUCGAGCUUAAGGCCAGGACGUAUGGCACUGAUCCGAGCGCGCCGCCGUGUGAGGAGGGGAAGACGGCGGUGAAGAUUAAUGUCGAUGCCGUGGUGGCGAUGUACAGAGAUUGGGUGAUACCCAUGACGAAGGAGGUCGAGAUCGACUAUUUGAUGCAGAGACUGGAUCCGGUGGAGGAGAAUGGCGUGGAGGCAUAGCUCGAUUUUUCAGAUAGUGGACCCCAUAUAUAAUAGCAGGCCUUGUUUCUUCAUCCUUGUGGUUCAUAUCGGGCAGAGAAGCAUCAUGACCCGUCACUCCAUCACUAGUUAACGUCGGAAAAAAAGUUGGACAGUGAGAUCCAGAUCACCAUGAUCUACUAGAGUAGUAGAUGGGCCGCACGCAAUAUGG